AUGUCCUCUGUGGCCAGAACCCCGGAAUCACCUUUUCCCAGCGACGAAGCCCCGGCUGAAACAUCUGUGGUUAUCCAGGUGCCCAGAUCUGUCAUACCAUUGCUUCGUGGACUUGCUGUGAUUGUCAAAUCCGGUGAAUGUGCUUGGCUACUCCCCACAGAUCUGCUUAAGAGUCACUCAAAGUUCUUUGACAAGCUGCUCACGGGCGACCAUGGAGUGACAGAGAUUAACCUCCCUCACGAUUUUGAUUCUGGCACCUUUCCACUCUUCGUCGAAUACAUCUUGACUGGAAAGUGCAUCAUGAAAUGUGGAUCUGCGGACUGGAACAUGUUUGAGCUCGAACCGUCAGGGUUGUCACCUUCAGGCUCGUCGGAAGCAUCAUGGAAUAUCAAAGCUACCAUUUGGUUAUACGUCCUUGCAUUCAGACUAGGAGCUUCGAAGCUCAUGAACAUCGCCAUGAAGUGGAUCUACGGAUUUUGGGCCGAACUACCUGGCAUUAAUUUCAUCUUCGCACCUUACCUAUACGCCAAAGUCGCCUCAUAUGCGUGUGAAGGCUGGCAAGGUCAGACCUCACCAUUGAGAGACCUCGUGUACCACUUCAUCUUCGAGAACUGGAAGAGAAAAGAUUUGUUUGAGGAGAACAGAGAGGCAUGGAAGGAGUUUUUCCAGCAUCAUCCCGAACUAUGCGUCAGAUUGGCCGUGGACUCUGACCAACCAGUUGAGUAUCGACGAGAGGAGAACAUCGGGUCUCGCAAUUUGAAGUUAUACUUAGUCAAAGAGGAAUAA